UUCGGAGAGUAGCUUUCUGGCAUAUGAGUUGUUGAUCCUAGGUUGUAGUGCUGCAACCUGAGUACUCAUCCUCGCUAGAUCAUCCAAAUCAGCGGGCCCGGACAAUAGAUGAGGACCAUAUAGGCAUAGUCAAGUUUAGAGGAAGCAAUGAUCAAGCAUAUAAGAUGGUGAAAGCGGAUAUUGAAGAGCUGGUUGAGAAUAGUCAGACCGCAAAAGAGACAAUCAAUACACGAUACAGUUAGUGUAACAGUAUAUACUCAUAGUAAAGCACUGCUGAUGCUUCUGUAGAUAUGACAAAAGAAGACCAGGAAUGCAUCCUUCACUUACGCGUUACUGAUCCCCGCCAUGACAAGAAGCGGAUUGAAGACACAAAAGGUGGGCUGCUAGAGGACUCGUACCGCUGGAUUUGUGAAAACUCCAACUUUAGACAAUGGCGGGACGACCAGCAGAGCUGGCAGCUGGCCCAACUGCUGUGGAUCAAAGGCGACCCCGGCAAGGGUAAGACAAUGCUGCUCUGCGGCAUCGUCAACGAGCUGGAGAAGUCAGUUGCUAAGACAGACAUCCUGUCCUACUACUUCUGUCAAGCCACCGACUCGCGAAUUAAUACUGCUACGGCCGUUUUACGAGGUCUGCUGUACUUGCUUGUCGACCAGCAGCAUUCGCUCGUCUCGCAUAUUCGAAAGGAGCACGACCAUGCAGGCAAAUCCCUCUUUGAGGACGUGAAUGCCUGGGCUGCCCUGUCCGAGAUUUUCACAAACACCCUUCAAGACCCGAGCUUGAACACUACGUACUUGGUUGUCGAUGCGCUCGACGAGUGCAUAGCAGACAUGCCAAAGCUGCUAGAUUUUAUUGCCCAGCAGUCUUCCACAUCCCCUCGUGUCAAGUGGAUUGUCUCUAGCCGCAACUGGCCCGAUAUUGAGGAACGGCUAGAGAGGGCAGUGCACAAGGUGCAGUUGUGCCUUGAGCUUAAUGCCGAGUCCGUUUCCGCAGCCGUCAGCACAUUCACCCGGCAUAAAGUAUCUCAGCUAGCGGAGCAAAAGAAAUACGACAAUAAAACAAGAGAUGCUGUCCAAAGCUACCUGUCCUUGCAUGCGGAUGACACCUUCCUCUGGGUGGCUUUAGUCUGCCAAAACCUUGAGAAGAUACCACGAUGGAAUGCUGUCGCCAAUUUGAACGCGUUUCCACCUGGACUUGAUUCUCUCUACGAGCGGAUGAUAGAGCAGAUAUCCAACUCAGACCACGCCAACCUGUGCAAACAGAUACUGGCCUCAAUUGCAGUUGUAUACCGACCUAUUACACUCCAAAAGCUAACAUCUAUUGUUGAGUUGCUUGAAAACAUAGCCAGCGACCUAGCGUCAAUACAGGAGAUUAUUAGCCUUUGUGGGUCAUUCCUUACUAUUCGAGAAGGCACUGUCUAUUUUGUGCAACUCAGUGUGCAUCAGUCAGCCAAAGACUUUCUAUUGGCAACAGCAUCUAGCAAGAUCUUUCCAUCUGGGAGCAAAGACGUCCACUACGCAAUCUUCUCGAGAUCUCUCCAGGUUAUGUCCAGGACGCUCCGACGAGACAUCUACAGCCUAGGUGCGUUGGAGUAUCCCGCCGAGCGAGUUGCACAGCCAGAUCCGGACCCAUUAGUAGCAAUACGCUACUCGUGCAUUUACUGGAUCAAUCACCUCUGCGCCUGGAAUCCAAACGCCUCUAUAGGUCACAGCGCUGACCUUCAAGACGGAGGUGCUGUUGACAGAUUUAUUAGAGAGAAAUACCUUUACUGGCUAGAGGCUCUUAGCCUUUGCAAGAGCAUGUCAGAGGGGGUAGUUUCUAUAGCAAAACUUGAGGCUUUAAUCCAGGGAAGAGCAGAUACAGCUGCGUUAAUAAAACUGGCUCAGGAUGCACGUCGAUUUAUCAUGUAUCACAAGUGGGCAAUAGAAAACAGUCCUCUACAGGCAUAUGCGUCCGCACUCUUGUUCAGUCCAACUUGCAGCCUAAUAAAGGGUCUUUUCAAGAAGGAAGAGCUAAGGUGGAUCACGAUAAAGCCGGCUAUAGAAAAUGAAUGGGGCGCGUGCCUGCAGACGUUUGAGAGCCAUAGCGGUUUGGUCAGCUCAGUGGCCUUCUCUCACGACUCAACACGGCUGGCGUCUGCGUCAGACGAUAAGACAGUCAAGAUCUGGGAUGCGAGCAGUGGCGACUGCCUGCAGACGCUUGAGGGCCAUAGCGAUUGGGUCAGGUCAGUGGCCUUCUCUCACGACUCAACACGGCUGGCGUCUGCGUCAGACGACAAGACAGUCAAGAUCUGGGAUGCGAGCAGUAGCGACUGCCUGCAGACGCUUGAGGGCCAUAGCGAUUGGGUCAGGUCAGUGGCCUUCUCUCACGACUCAACACGGCUGGCGUCUGCGUCAGACGACAAGACAGUCAAGAUCUGGGAUGCGAGCAGUGGCGAUUGCCUCUCAACGCUUGAC